UACCCAAGCUAAACAGCCAUCAACCUCAUUCCCUCGUUUCAACUUCCACAGUCUUUUCUCUCUCAAAGCUACACUCGUUCCUAGUCUCUUGCAUUACCAAGACCAUGAGAAUCAACACCCUCCUUUCCAUCUUCCUCGCCACCCUGUCAACUGGGAUAGGAGUGACCUCCAACCCGAUCCCCAACGCCAGCCCAGAAGACCCCACGCACGGCUCCAUCCAAGCCCUCAGCGGCCGGGCAGUCCACAACGUCGACCCGCUCCGCCCGGAGCUCAUCACGCGCAGCCUCGACGAAGACACGCUCUUCAGCCUCCUCCACGCCCGCAACCCGGACCCCAUCGACUCAGAAGAAGAGGAUCAUGACCUCACCAUCACCCUCGGCACCCGCGCUGGCAGCACCUCGUCGCAGACGGUCGAAGAAACCUCCACCUACAAGCUCUUCUCCGCCGCGCACAGCGGCAUGACCAAGGAUGGCUACUACGCCUUCACGGCCAAGUACACGACGGGGACGGCGCCGGGCGACGACAGCACCGAGGCGGUCAUGGCGGAGGUGCAGAAGGACUACGGGUUCGACCACAUCGUGCUGGUGGUGGGCAAGGUGACCGAGACAUCCACCAAGAAGAAGCUGAAGCGGGACUUUGUGGCCGUCAUGCACCACCUCAUCAUCACGACCUACCCGAACACGAUCUACCAGAAGAAGAACUGGAGUCUGGGGAAGACGACGCCCAAGAUUGAGUUUGUGAAGACGACGACGGCGAAGAAGGACUCGGCGCUCGCGGCCAAGGGGAAGGCGUAUGAGAAGGAGCAUACGACGUGGGAGGCGAAGGUGAAUGAUUGUCAGACGUUUGUGACUUAUAUGGAGGGGUAUAUUUAGUGAUUGGUUUGGUGGGAUAGGGGGGGGGAAGUGAUCAUUUUUGUGGUAAGUAUGCAAGUGUAUGCGAGGUUGGAC